GGCAUUUUGGCUGCCAUCAUGGCUUCGUUGUCAGUCAUAUUAAUAUUCCAGGUGCAGUCUGCAUCAAAGCAGGGAGAUCUGAGUGCUGGGCUAGGCCCAGUGGCUGCUAGGAUCCUACUACCAGCUUCUGCAGUACUGGCUGCUUUGUGUCUUGCCCUAAAUGCCAGCUGUCUCCUACUGUGCCUUCUUCACUCCUACUUCACCGCUGAGGUCUGCCGUGAGGAUCCAGAUUCCAGGAGGUGUGAUUGGUUCCUGCUGGAUAAUCGCAGUAUUCGCCAGUCUGCUCUGUGCAUUUUUUGCCUUGGAAUCUCACUAUAUUUAACAGCUCUCUCACUUUAUAUGCUAAUCUUGUUUGAAAUUGAAACGGGAAUAGCCAGCUCCUGCAUCCUCUGUAUGGGCUCUAUUUUCAUGAUAGUCACAGUGGCUCACAUGUUCAAUAAAGCCACGCAAGCUUCCUGCCACAAUAAUGAACAUGUCCCCAGUACACUCUAUGAAAAUGACUCCGCACAAGAGGCAGACCUUAACGACUCCACUCCAUCAUCUGACCUGAACAACGACAAAGAUAUGUCACCGGUUCGCCCGCGCCCUGAGAUCCACAGAGAGUUUUCCUACCCUCAAUUUCUUCAGCAGCAACAGCAGAAAAUCCAGCCUAUUUCCCCACAAUUUAACAAUGUACCUACUAUGGUGAAACAAAGUGAAAGUAUGUGCAACAGCAGCAGAGAUGAACGCUACAAUAUUUCCCGAAUGCAACGGACGCUUUCUGUUGAAUCUGGCCUCAUGCAGCCUAACCCCAAGCCCUGGAACGGGGCAACUCAGGAAAUGAGAACUAUGGUAUUAAGGAAACCAGGAGUGGUGGGAAAAGACUCAACAUUAGUGUAA